UGUAUUUUCCUCAGCCUGUGGAGCAGUAAAGAUGUCCCUGAUUCCAUGUUUUACGCUGGGUUCAAUAGUGCGCUGCAAGACCUGUUUUGAGGAGAUAUUCUCCGGAGAAGUGGUGGCCUUUGAUCUGGGUGUCAAAAUGCUGAUGUUGCGCUGCUCGGCCAGCAAAGGCGGUGGCGAUGAGCAGGCCAAGAGCAAGCUGACCAUUGUGAAUCUCUCCAUGUGCAUAGACAUUGAGAUUAUCAAGGAGGUGCUGCUUCCUUUGGAUGAGGUUCCCCCAUGUCCCGAACGGCUUGAUCUGCAGAUGCUUCAAGAGCGAUUGCGCCAUGCCAUCGAUAUGCGUUCUGCUUACUGCCGAAGCUACCACCUCAACGCCUCACCUUUUGGCCAAGCUCUGUAUCGUGUGCUGGUCAAGCACUUUGGCAACCACCUGGUUAUGUGGCAGGAGCAGGGCGACAAUGUGUCUAUAGAAGUGAUGCAUGAGGUGACCAUAAAACCACCUUACGCCGUGGAGAACGUCGAGGGGAAGACGAGCAAGUCGCUGAUGUAUGUCCGCAGCGUUGUCAAGAGCUUCCAUAAUAAACAACAAAAAAACCCGGCUGUGCCAUAGCAACAGUCGUCUAUAUUCCAUAGAGUAUAUAUGUAGCAUUCAACUGGGUCUUUGUUUAUCAACAAAACAAAUUUAAAUACAUAUGUACAUUGAAUA